AUGGACCAGUUAUGGUCCAUUCUUCCAUCGUACCAAAUGUAUACGAACACCGUCUCCAAACAAUUAAACGUAACCGAAGAUGAAAGCAUCGAGCCUCCAGCCUACCAGAACUCGUCUACGUCCUCUAUUGUUUCUACUGGAUCCAACGACUCUCCUAUGACAUCUAUCAUGUCCCCUCCUGGAAAUGCUACUAUUUCUACAAGAAGCAACAGCGACUCCACCCUUAAUGGAGGAAUUAUUGUUGCCGAAGGCCAUUCGUGGCAGGAAACGAUUUUGGAUAAUGUUCAUACGUUACCAAAUUUGUCCGAGACUGAUAACAAGACGGCUCAGGCCAUAGAAAUGAGCAUUCACUUCACCAAGGAUAUUGUGGAAGUAGGCAAGGAACCUGUAGAAAUCGAUCCUCUGUUAUGCGAAUACGCUCAGGGUGACUUUAUCAAUGGAUAUGUUACUAUAAAAUCGAACGCCAAAAAACCCAUUCCUUUCGAAAUGUUCUAUGUACUAUUUGAAGGAAACAUUAUCAUCUCUAAUAUUCAGAACAAAGAGGAUAAGAAGCCUGUCAGAGUCAAGAAAUUCUUGGAAAUGUUUGAUUUCAGUGCAUCUUUCAACGAUGGUAAUAUCAACAGGUUAAUAACAGAUUUCUAUAACCCAUUCACGUGUCCCGACUUAGUGGAUCCUAGCGAUGGAUCACGUUUGUCGUUUGGUCCCGAUAAGCUUAUCAGACCAAAUCAUAGCUACAAGAGAUUUUUCACUUUCAAGAUUCCCAACAACCUCCUUGACUCAGAAUGCAACGAUCACAACCUAAGCACCCAUGUAGAAUUGCCACCUUCUAUGGGAACUUCCAAAUACCAGUGUUUCCAGUCAGAGACUGGCGCUAAUAGGAUCAAAGAUUUCUCCAUGAUUGAAACUUCCGUUGCCUAUGGAGUUUUAGCCAGAUUCAUCGGUAGAAAGUCCAAGUAUGAUGUUGAUAAGACAUUUGAAGCUAAUAAUAGCACCAAGAUUAUAAACGCUACUGGUGACGAGUAUAUGAUUUUAAAGGAAAAAGCUGGUCUCAUGCGACUUGUCAAGAAAUCCACUAGAAUGACAGAAAACGAAUUAAAGAUGAAGAAGUUGGAAACAAAGAUCAUAAGACAGAGUUUAUAUAACAGAAUUAAAGAAAAAAUUGAAUUGGGAAAGGAAUUGCUUAAGACCAUCGAGACAGGAGACUACGAUGGUUCAGUGGACAUUUCCAGGAAGAUAUCAGAAAGUGAAUUGCAGUUGGCUAAGUGUAAGCAACAGUAUCGUGCUCUUCCUAGAGACGUUAAAUUUCCUCAAAUGCAAGUGGUGGAGAAUUACGAAGUGUUGGCGCCUUUGACGAAGAAGUCGUUUACAGGCGGUAGCAAAAUCAUUGGCACAUUGAGUUUGACAACUCCAAAGGUAACUCAUUUCAUCGACUACAUCAGCCCUGUAAAGUUCAGAUGUUGUCAAGAAGUGAGCCAAGAACUCACGGACUCAUGGCGGUUGAAGGUUCCUCUUGAUUUUUCUGUAAUUUUGCCUUCCAUUAGUGGCAUUGACCCAAAGAAAUUGCCUGAAAUAAAGGCUAUUUUAGUGGAUUUGGCCGCCAUUACAGUUCAAACUGAGAAAUAUCCAAUUCCGUUUGAAUUUGACCACGAUGCAAUCUACAACAGUCCCCAGACCCCAAAUACCUUGGAGAAGAUGUCAGUAAUUGACACUGACAACAUCACCAACAACAUUGUCAAACCAAUUCAGGAGCAAUCUGUUGAAUUAUACAACCUCAUCAAAACUUUAGGUUCUGACAACUUUAAGGUAGAUCUCCAAUUAAUCAACGAUAUCAAAUCGCUUUGUCAAUUACGAGAGAAAUCCAUUAACUUGAAUGUCCCCGACUUGAAGGUUGUACAAAAUGGAAAACUCGUAGAAGCCGAACCGAAGUCUCUCUUAGCAAUUCCUUGGAAACUUGACAGCAAGAUAAAUGGUUUCAAGAAGAGUUUUGACUUGGAGAUCAAUUUGGCCUCUGCUUCAUUGAAGGGUGUGAAAGAACCAGUCGGUGCCAAGGCUUACGACAAAUACUGUUUGGUUCCAAACUUUCAAUCUUGCUAUAUGGCCAGAAUGUACCAAAUUAAGGUAAUGUUGGUGUUGACCAACAACGAACUUGUGAGGAUAAAGAUUCCAGUCGUGGUUCAGAAAUAA